AUGGCGGAUGAUUCUAGCGAUCUGCUAGAUGCCCUGCAUAGCUUGGACAUCACUGCUUGCAAAGACCUCAUCCGUCAGCUCCAGGCAAGGCGCGAGCGCCGUCGGGAGCUGGUCGAGCGAUUGCAGGAGAAGCUCAAGGCUCUCAACAAUGAGCUGGCAGCUCGCAAGGAGGAGGGGGACCGCUGUAAGCAGGACCUCCUCGAUGAGCAAGCCAAGAAUCGUCGCCUCGCUGAGAAGAGGCGGCAGAGGGGCGGCGAGAAAGAGGUCGCGUCGAUCCAAGAUGAUCUCCAGCGCGAGCAGGAGAUGGAGUUGCAAACCGCGAAUGUGCGCCGCUUCAUGGAGACGACGUUGCAGGAGCAGGUACAGCGAAACCGAACUCAAAACGAGCUAGGUAUUCGCAUCUACGACGAGGUUGAGCUGAUGGUGGACAAGUCCGCCGAAGAACAAGCCUUGGAGAGUAGAUACAUCGACACGGUCUUGGUCACGUACUGCAUCCCAAACUCCGAACUCAAGUACAACCUCAGCUUCCGCGUGGACAAGGACAUGAAGUCCAAGAACUUGCGCGAGGACGCCUGUUUGUACUGGGGCCUGUCGGAGGUGGACUUCAUCUUGAAGACCAUGAGCAACGCCAAGGUUCAUGAUGACCUCACGAUCCAGAGCUGUUUCAACGACAAUGAAGAUGCUCACUUCAGCCUGGUGCAAAAGACACCGAAGAACGCAUCCUUGAUGGACAGGGAGUUGACGAACAUCUUGCCCAAAGCAGGCGAGGCACUGUGA